AUGGAUGGCGUGAGGCCUUACGCUGUUGUGAUUUUCAUACAACUACUAAGCGCUGGGUCGUUCAUGAUCACCAAAGCAGCUUUCACUUUUGGUUUGAAUCCUUUAGUUUUUGUCUUUUACCGACAAGCUGCUGGCACUGUUUUGUUAGUUCCUUUGGCAAUGAUUCUUGUGAUCAGGAGAAAAACUCAGCCACCACUUCCAUUCAUGUUAUUGUUUAAAACGUUCAUGCUUGUCUUGAUAGGUAUGUCAAUUCACUUUGACAUGUGUGGUAUUGCAUUGAGCUACGUAUCAGCAACAGCAGCUUCAAGCAUUAUAAACUCCCUCCCUGUGUUCACCUUCAUUUUUGCUGUUCUCUUCAGGAUGGAAACUUUGAAGCUGAAAAGCAGAUCAGGCAUAGUAAAGAUUCUGGGCAUAAUAUUCUGUGGGAUAUUGCUGAAGGACUACCAAUCAAAGCUACUCUUCACAACCUUUCUCAACAUGUUCAGCACCAUCCAAUCAUUUAUUAUUGCCAUCAUUUUCCAAAGAGACUUUGCCAAAUGGAAGCUGCACUGGGACAUAGGAUUGCUUGCAAUUGGAUACUGUGGGGUACUUGUCACUGGUCUCUCCUACUACUUGCAAGCCUGGUGUGUUGAGAAGAAAGGCCCUGUCUUUCUAGUCAUGUCAACACCACUGUCCUCUGUUUUCACUAUGAUAGGCUCAUCAUUCAUCUUAGGUGAAAAAAUAAAUUUAGGAAGUGUUUUAGGUGGGAUUUCUAUGGUGGCAGGACUCUACAGUGUUCUAUGGGGAAAAAGCAUGGAAAACAAAGUGGCUGAACCAUCAUCUACUGAGCGUAGUGAAUGUUAA